AUGAUAUCACACGCACGCCAAGACGCUAGAGAGAAAGCGGGGAUCUUGGAGGGAAAGAACCAUGCAUAUGGGUAUGGAACGACAACGACAUCGCGACACGUUCGUUUCGAUGUGAAAAAGAAAGAGACUCAUGAGGACUACAACACAUUGAUUGGAUGGGAUGAUCUCCUGCCAUGGCAGCGAGACAACGAAUUCAUCCUUACAUCUCAUCGGCGAGCAACAUUUUCGUACCUCCGCUCCCUGAAGAGCGCCCUUGAGGUCCACAAUGAGACGGUGAAUAUCUGGUCUCACGUUCUGGGUACCGCCGUGUUCUUCUUCAUCACAACCAUUUUGUACUUUCCCACACGUCAGAUUCGUGACGAAGGAGACAGUACAAAUGGCGAUGACGAAGCAAUCUACGUCUACUUCGGUUCCGUCAUAGCUUGUUUCUUCUUUUCGUUCAUUCACCAUAUAUUCCUCGACCACAGUGAGCAGGUUCGCACUUGGACGGGCCGAUUCGAUUACCUUGGUAUCGUAAUUCCACUCUAUGGUACGACCAUCGCCAGUACGCACUUUGGUUUUCACUGCAAACCCUCAUUGCAGGAAGCCUACAGUGCUUUCGCUACUGUGACAGGCCUUGCCUGCGCACUCACAACUCUUCAUCCGUCUUUCUCUGGUCCCCAGUCCCGCCAUGUCCGCACUACGCUUUAUCUCCUUCUAGGAUCAUCAUCUUUCCUUCCAAUCGUCCAUGGGAUCUACCUCUUUGGUGUAGAGAACAUGAAUCGCAGAAUGGGGUUGAGCUAUUAUCUUGGGUUGGGCCUGUGCCAUGGUACCGGAGCCAUGUUGUACGCCGCGAGAAUUCCAGAGAGAUGGCUUCCGAGGCGUUGCGACGUAGUAGGAAGUAGCCAUCAAAUCAUGCACGUGCUAGUUGUGUGUGGUGCGGCGACGUACGGAGUGGGCGUCCUCGCGUCGAAGAGGUAUUGGCAGACGAGAGGAUGUGAAGUGUAG